AUGCGCGAGCUUCCAGACACCGGUUACCCUGUCAGCUGGGUCACAGCCUCGAAUCAGGGUAGCAAUAACAUUGGCAUCUUCCUCGGCAAUGGAGAUGGUACCUUCCAGGGGCAGAAAAUCUUUAACGUUGGUACAGCGCCGGUGGGCGUUGCAGCGGGCGACUUCAACGGAGAUAGCCGUCUGGAUAUCGUGACUGCGAAUAGUGUUGGCAGUUCGGUAAGUGUUUUGCUUGGAAAUGGAGAUGGGACCUUCCAGGCGCAGACUACACUCCCUGUGGGGGUCAACCCCCAAGGUGUUGUAGUAGGUGAUUUGAACGGCGAUACAUAUCUGGAUAUCGUCACUGCAAACUUCGGCUCUAAUAUAGUAGGCGUUUUGUUUGGGAUGGGAGAUGGUAGCUUCGGGGCGGAGACCGCAUUUCCCGCAGGUAAUGGCCCGAAUGAUGUUACAUUGGGUGACUUUAAUAAAGAUGGCUCUCUUGAUAUCGCGGUUGCGAAUACCUUUAGCAACGCGGUGGGCGUCUUCCUCGGGAAUGGAGAUGGGACCUUCAAGGCGCAGGUCACAUAUGCUGCGGGAUCCGUGCCAGUGGGUAUUGCUGUCGGCGACUUUAACGAAGACGGCAAACUUGAUAUCGUCGCUACAUAUUAUCAAGGCAGCUCCGUGGGCGUCUUUCUUGGAAAUGGAGAUGGUACUUUCCAACCGCAGACCCCAUUCGCCGUGGGGGCCAGCCCAUAUGAUGCUGCAGUGGGCGACUUCAACGGAGAUGGCCAUCUCGAUAUUGUGGCUUCGAAUAAUGCAGGCACUACACUAAGCCUCUUGCUCGGGUAUGGAAAUGGUAGCUUCCAGGCGCAGACCAUACUCAACGUGGGAGCCAGUCCAGCUGGUGUUGCAUUGGGCGACUUAAAUAAAGAUGGCCAUCUCGAUAUCGUGGCCGCGAACGCUGCUGGCAGUACACUCAGCGUCCUACUUGGGCAGCCUUGUGGCGCUUAG